GCCUACGCAUGUUCCCCACACACAAACAAACAGAAAUAGCGAACGAAGUGGGACAGACUUGCCUUUUCCAGGUGUAGCCGCAGGGUGGGAGUCACUUUACCCACCACUCUGUUCGUGAGGGGGCAGGACUCAAAGGGAGGAGGAGGUUUAUCAGAUGGUUUGUCUGCUUUUGGGUGUCUAUUGAAUCUGACGUUCUGCUCUGCGCUCUCAGAUGAGAAACGACUCCCACCAAAAUCGCAACUUUUUUGUUGCAUCAUAAGCCCAAAAUUCGUCGGAUAAACUUGAACAUUUUUAAAGAGGUUUUGUGCUGUUUUCGCAAAGUGUAUUUCUUGUGAUUGCGUGCCACCGAGGCUGGAACUUUUCCCUGGACUGAAGUCAGGAUGUCAGAUAUCUCAGUCAAUGACCAUCUGGAGGGGAUAUUGUCUGAUUUUGAGGCUCUGAAGAGGUCCUUUGAUAUUGAUGAUGUGAACGAGAUUCCCACAUUCUCCUCUACAUCUUCUGUCACAUCUCCCAUCAGCCCGAGUGCUAUCCUCAACAAGACAAAUGAUGUGAGGAGUCCAGGGAACCAAGUGUCUCCUCCUUAUCGCUCCAGGAUUAGUAUCAGCUGCAGUCCUGCCCAGAGCCCCGUUAUGAGAAAUAGGAUGGUUUCCAGUCUCUCCUUCAACCGAGGGACAAUGGGAAAACCCACUAUCAGUGCCAAUACUGGGAUCAACCGAGCUGCCUCUUUUCAAAACAAAUUCAACCCCAACGGCUUCACUUCGUCUUCCGGGCCAGGAAGUGACAAUGACAGUCUCCAUAGCUCGUCUUCCAGCCUGGAGUACCAGGCCUCUUCAAAACUCUGCUCCUACACAAGCCCUCCCCAGAGUCCUGUUGGUGUUGGGGAAUUCAAAGCCCAACGUUUAGGCAGCCCUGCCCUGAAGAAGUUCUCCUCACAUGGAAACAUGUUCCAUUCAGAGCUGGAGGGUCCUCUGGUCAUUUCAACUGAACCCAUGAGUAUUAGCCAUGGCUCCAUGCCUUCUUUGGACCUCCAGAUGGAGACUGCAGGAAUGAGACAAGUGAUUUCGCCUGGAUCACGAUUCACCAAUACAGGUCUGCAGUGGAGUCCCCAUAACAUCCAGAACAGCAGUUCCUUUGCAAGAGACUCCUCUAUCAACAGCCAGCCACCUAAGCCUAAAGAUCCGGUUCGCCUCAACAAGUUCCCUCUUGACCUUGAUAACUUGGUUUUCAAGUCUCAGACGGAAUCCACAGGAGCACCUAAACCACCUCCAAGAUUCCACACGCUAUCCAACAGUCCCACUGUCUCAGCAAGUCCCUCUGCAUCCAUCAGCAGCCUGGACAGCGCCGACCUACCCAUGGCCCACAACAACAACAACAGCAUCAUUGAAAAGAAAGAGCCCAUCACUCCUCCUGGAGCUAUCCCAGUACCCAACAUCAGCAAAUCUCCAGUGCCUCUGUCUCCAGCCCAGACUCCACAGUUCAACGUGGUCUCUAAGCCCCAAGUGGUCCAGGUGGCCCCUGCUUCACCUUCCCUGUCAGGACGGAUGGAGAUCAGCAAUGAUAUCGAUCAGGACGAUGUCCAUGCCAAAGAGAGCGUGGGUUCCAUAUUACAGCGAAUCGCCUCUUUCUCCAAAGUGGAGACUAAGGUGCCAGUGUCUGAGCCAAGUCAGGCCAUCCCCCUGAGUAAUGGCAUCAAAAAAGACUCACCAGCAAUACAACGUAAGGAGCUCAAGAGAUCAGAAGCUCUGAAGAGGUCCUUUGAUAUUGAUGAUGUGAACGAGAUUCCCACAUUCUCCUCUACAUCUUCUGUCACAUCUCCCAUCAGCCCGAGUGCUAUCCUCAACAAGACAAAUGAUGAUUAG